AUGGAGGACGCCCAAGCUACCGCAAAAUGGGCAAACCGUGUCCUGCGCCCCUUGACCUCCAUCUGCCGUCGAAUCGCAAAGCACCAAGAAACGCUGUCGAUGAUCGCGACCGAGUCGAAACCACAAGAUACUACAGAGGGCAGUGAUGUGCGUGCCUCAGGAACCGACCAUAAGCAAGAGAGCCGGCACAACUGCUCAGGCUCGGAUGCGGAUCCGGAUGAAAACGACCCAGCUUGGAUUCCAGGGAAAAAGCCCGAGCGACGACGGCCCAGACACAAAUAUUCGUCCAAAGCAGAGGAGACUGGCGGGAAAAAGCGCAAUAGACUAUCAAUGCGCAGUCCGGAAGCCCCACGCACCCUGCCCGGCGCUAUCGAGGUCGCGACACCGCUCAUCACUGGCAGGAGAUGGGAGAUGCCCCCCGAGUGCACACCGCAAGUCUUCCGUGAUCGAUAUUCGCUCCACAAGAGUCCUUGGCAAGAACUCCUCGACCAGUCUGGUGAUUCGGGAUUCGCCGACAUAGCACACAACCUUGAUCGCGUCUUCCAAAAUUUCCUCUCCAACACUAUGAUAUCCAAGCAAGAAGUGAAGCCCUCGUCUGAAGGCAGUAGACGUGGUGCACGAUCCUUGCUGUCCAUGGUGGCAAGAAGUCUUCCUGAAUUUAUUGCGAGCGAGCAAGAAGCACAGGACGAGUUGGAUGAGGAUGGGGACGAAGAUAUGUGCGAUGCAUAUUUUACAGAAUUGGAAGCAUUUUAUGCGCCUUAUGGGACAGGCUGGAAGCCACUCCGCGAGGCUGUCCGCGCACAGGGUAUCUACUUAGUUUCUACCCUCAUACAGAAUCGUUGGAUUACAGAUUCGAUUGCCUGCGCCCUGAUUGAGAAAUGUCGUUCCUUUGCGCCCGAAGAAAGCGACUCAUUGCUCUCUACAUUACUUUCUACACGCAAAAAUUACCCCUAUCCCCAGGCUUUAAGGCCAGUGGUUGAACAUGACCCUUCAGAUCCGAUCCGAUUAUUACGCAAGUAUGCUCAUCAUGGCGUUGCCAAUCGCUCUUAUAUCUUUGAUGAACUUGCAAAGCUUCUCUUACGGGGAGUGCUACCUCCAGAAUGGAUGGGAACCAAGUUAUGGACUAGCUGGAUGACGCGAGCAACGAUAUCCCUUUCGAAAGAGGAUCAAGACUGUCCUGCAGCUACGCGGUUGAUUGAAGCUGUGAUUCUCUCAGCUAGUGAUGCCCGCCCUGUCACUGCUGCUCAGAGACCUACACUAAAACCAGCUGUGAAGGGAAAGACCGUUCCCCGUCGUGCGACCAGGACUGCCUCCACCACAACGUGGGAAAUCUCAAAUCUUGCGCGGCCUUGUCCUUUGCAGGUGGAGGAUGCACUGAGCAAUCACGUCAUAAGCCUCAUGGCAGCGCUCUGCGGCAUGCACAUUUCACGUUCUCGUGCCUUCGAUGACACUGAUUGUGUGGCUGAAACGAAGGCGCGCUAUAUUACAAGCUAUCUCCACAUUGCUCUGCAGCGAGAACUCGAGUCAAGUUCCGCCCCGCAGCGGGCUGGCAACACCCCUCAUCAAUUGUUACGGCGUGGCUGCAUCUUGUUAGCCACCAGCCUUGUACAGUGCAACGACAAAAUUUUAUUGGACAAUAACCACUACGUGAUGGCGUCAACAGCCAGUGUUGACGAAUGCGCGGAGAUUAUAGCAUCUCAUUCAGACAUCGUUAGAGAAUUAGCAUUGUUUGUGCACCAAGCGUUUCGCUGCCUCAGCAAAACUGCAGAAGAUGAAACCGAACGUACUGGCGGUGAAAUACGUGACAUGGUUUCACAACUCGCCCGCUUAGCCGAUACCUCAGCUUUGUCCGCCUUGCUUGGGCGAGUCGCGGCGGAAGCUGCUAUGGAGUUUGCAGAAGCUACAGCAGAUCCCGAUGACCAUAUGUGGGCCAUCGACGUUCAGCAGGCGGCCGUGGCAAAACAGCGUCAGGAAGGGACUGCCCAAAGAUCUUUAGAAGAACCCGAGCAAUCUAGCCAGAGUACAGGCCUGUUCCGCUGGGAAGAUAGUAUUGGCGAGUGGGUGGCAUGUACGCCGGCGACCAAGGGAAAACCCAUCAUCGUGCAAAAGGCUCAAAGACCCAUGCGCAUGCUAUCAAGCCCAGUGCCCUGCAUCGCUUCCUCUACAGACACGGAUAGCAGUUCACCUGGGUCUGACCGCUUCGACGAUUCUGUCUCAAGUCUGACCUCAUCUCCCGUGCCAACGGCGACCAAACGGACUUUCGAGGACGCCGAGCCCCCAAAUACGGCCUCCUACCCGACUAGAUACAAUUCUACUGUGGAGCCAGUCACUCGCCGAGGCAUCCUGCGAGAGCGCAGCGCCAAUCUGACUAGACGGAUGACACCUGCAGCACAACAGGCACGGAAGGUUGAAGUCGUGAUCAUCAAUCACAAAGAAAGCAGCCCACGCCAGCCUAUUGUUCGGCCCACUUUGGAGCGUGCUGCGAAGCAGGUUCAUCGUACGGUAGAGAGACGAAGGUCUACGUGCCCUUCAGUUUCAACCAUGCGUCCUAUUGUCGAGCCUCCGAGGGCUCGACAAACGGUCAUUCCAUGUUACCAGGAUGACGAUAGUGACGAUGAGCUCAGCUUUCUCUGA